AUGUCCUACCGCGGAGGAAGACGAGAGAAGGCAGAGCCCUUCGACCAUCUCGUUAAGCUCCUAGUUCUUGGCGACAGUUCUGUUGGGAAGUCAAGUCUUCUUUUACGCUUCGCCGAGAAUAAAUUUGACCCGAAUUUCGUGCUGACAAUCGGAGUGGACUUCAAGACAAAAGUUGUCGAAUGUGGCGGGCGACGCAUAAAGCUGCAAGUGUGGGACACUGCUGGCCAAGAGCGUUUUCGAACCAUUACCCCAGCCUACUUCAGGAGUGCCAUGGGGGUCAUGCUGGUCUACGACAUAACGAAUUUGCAGACAUUUCUCAACAUUCGGCGAUGGAUGCAAAACGUUGAGGAAUACGCAGACCCUAGCAUCGUUCGAGUAUUAGUGGCCAACAAGCUCGACCUUCAGGCCCAAAGGCAAGUGUCACGCUCUAAGGGUGAGGACUUGGCUCGUGAGUAUUCAAUACCCUUCAUUGAAACGUCUGCCAAGGGCAAUGUGAACGUUGAGGAGGCCUUCAUGUGCGCGGCGAGUAGAAUUCGAGACAUCCGUUUUUCUCCCGGCCCAAUCGAGUCCCAGUCGGAACGGGCUGCUGCGUCGUCUUCAUCUCAGCAGCUGUCUACUCAGGCUGCAGUCUCACGGAAACUCGUGGAGUUGGGUUAUCGUGGGAAGAUGUGGCCGGAGAAGUCAAAUCAGGAACUACAUGUUUUGGCUCGUCAUGUUUCUGGCUCACUGCUCUCCCUACCUGGUCUUGCUCUCAUGCAUCACCGGGGAUACUCCCCAUAA